AUGAAUGCAAUGGUGGACACUGCCAUUUUCGGGGGGAAAUUUCUAUAUUACUUUUUAGAAUCUUCAGUUUUUAAGGUAAUUCCCAAGAGAAAAAAAGAGGCUGCUGGAGAGAUUGUACUUAUAACAGGAGCUGGAAGUGGACUCGGGAGGAUAUUGGCCCUACAUUUUGCCAGCCACGGAGCCAUUUUAGUUCUCUGGGACAUUAACCAAGAAGGCAAUAUGGAAAUAUGCAGACUGGCCAAAGAAAAGGGUUGUAUAAAGGUGUUUGCCUAUAAGUGUGACUGUAGCAACAGGCAAGAAGUCUACAGAGUUGCUGAUCAGGUCAGAGAAGAAGUUGGCGAUGUGACCAUCCUCAUAAACAACACUGGCAUUGUAACAGGGAAGCUCUUCCUUGAUAUUCCAGAUCACAUGGUAGAAAGAUGUUUCAAUGUCAAGGUCAUCUCUCAUUUCUGGACUUGUAAGGCCUUCUUUCCUGCCAUGAUUAAAGCUAACCAUGGUCACUUGGUCUGUAUUCCCAGCAUAGUAGGAGUAGUUGGAAUUAAUGUACUAUCAGAUUAUUCUGCAAGUAAAUUCGCAGCCUUUGGCUUUGCUGAGUCUCUCUUCUUUGAAUUAAAUAUGCAACAGAAAAACCAACAUUAAACCACCAUUGUUUGUCCCUAUUUCAUCAAAACUGGAAUGUUUGAUGGCUGUACAACCAAGUACUCAUUUCUCCUACCUCUACUGGAACCGAAGUAUGUGGCCCAAAAAGUUUUCAAUGCAGUUUUAGAGGAACAGGUUUACCUUAUGAUACCCAAAUUUGCAUAUCUUGCAUUGUUCCUUAAACAAAUAAUAUCUCCAAAAAUGAUGACUGCCCUUGCCGAGUACCUUGGAGUGAACACUUGCAUGACUUCUUUCAAAGGGCAAGUGAAAGCAGAUGAAUUUCAGAUGGAAACUGAGAGGAAACAACAAUAG